CGCAGGAGUAAGCAGGGUGACCAAUGAGCGGAAAACUUACCCGCUGGCGACCGAGAGAACGUGCUCUCUCUACGUGUCGGAUAGACUCGUGCUGAGUCACGGGGGAACGAGCACCCAUGCUUCCCGUGGGCCCCACUUCGCGGCUCCCUUCUGGCUCUUGCUACUUCUACUACUCGUCCCUUGGUCUAACAACGAACAACUCAAUUCACCCCGUCCAUCUUCUUCUCCACUCCACUCUACGCGGCCACGCAGCGUUCGCAUUUGAUCGUCCUUAAACUGUUGUUUGCUUAGAGACGUCGAGGAUGGAUGCAUUGGACCAAGGGCGUGUCCACCCGCAUCAUUAUGAGACUUACGAGCACACGAAGAACGUGAAGAAAGGAUCCGAGAGGCUGGACAGGCGGUCGGCGGCGGGUGUUCAUGGGCAACCGAAGAAGAGCGGGCACGGAGGCAAGUUCACAUGGGGAGGUCCCACGGCCCAGCAAGAGUCACAGGACGACGACUCCGUCGUAGCAUUGGACGAGAAGGAUCCGAACUACGACGACGAGGAAGAAGUGGCCUCUGAAGACAGGAAAGCUGCAAUUGCAGCAGGAGCUGACAUCGUCGUCGAAGCCGGCGAUGGCAAGCAGCAACCGGCGAAGAAGGUGCCCGUUGCGAACUAAUUCGCCACACAUCUGUCUCCCAUGGACGCCAUCUGAGGCUCUAUUAUUCGGAAGAAGUGAACUGUGGUACUGGAGAGCCUCUGAGAUUCUUCCAAUGUCCAGACGCAAAUUCUACGAACUUAUCAGCCGUGCCCACAUUUGCUUACUUGCUCGACUCAACUCUUUCCCGUUCUAGUUCCUCGAUGUCUGCUUGACAUUGAUUUCCGCUUCAGCGGUCCUUUGAUUAAGCUGAUCAAGUGGAGUUCGAAAUUACUGUGCCGAAGUUUGUCACAUCUCUGUACAUUCACGAGCAAACUUCCCGGUGUCAGAAUCUGCCAUCUACAUUUCCGCGAACGAGUCUCCAUAACUUGGAGUUAGAAGAAGGCCUGGCGACACUUGUACGCUAGAUGAUGAAGACCAUUCGGAUCUUUCAUCACUGAUGAAUUCCUCUCAAAGAUUAGGCAUUUAGUUUUAGAAUGCCUAAUCUACAGAUUCCUGUUCAUCAGUUUUGCUUAUGAGCUGAUAAACCAUCUCCGUCAAGUCCGCGUGCUCGAGCUUUUAGCUUCCCAGGACAUGCUAUGAGGAAGAGUUGGUUCAUAGCUUUUCGGAAGCGCUUCGAAUUGGCUGUGCACUUGCCGUGUAUCACUGGGUUGCAAACUUUACUUCUCUUCACUUCUCAGCUGAGUACCCAGUCAAGGCGUGUCAUGGUUGUACAUGGACUGCGUAGUCUAAGUAGAUUUGUAUAAACACGUAAUUAGUGUCUGUUUCAUUCUAUAAAUAAAUCUUUGACCUUGAACGUGGAUGUAUACGUGGUC